GUUGAGUUGGAGUGCACUGUUAUUUGACUUAACAGAUGUCCUCCAAGGAUCACAAUGGCAAAAAUGAUGGCUGUAUCUGCUUUAAAUCGUCGUCAGUAAUCACAUACGUCACACAAUCGAUCGACAAGUCGUCAGCAUGCUGGCCAGGAAAGGUCUCCUUCCAGACGGCUUCCUGCUGACCCGCCUGGCCGAAGACCAGAACCAGCCCAACCGCAGCCGCUUCAGGACUCAAAGGGCCCGCUUCAUCACCAAGACGGGCUCGUGCAAUGUGGCCCACAAGAACAUCAGAGAGCAGGGUCGCUUCCUGCAGGAUGUCUUCACCACCAUGGUGGAUCUGAAGUGGCAGCACUCCCUCCUUAUCUUCACCUCAGCGUUCCUCUGCUCCUGGAUGCUCUUCGCCAUGGUCUGGUGGCUCCUGGCCUUUGCGCAUGGAGACCUGCAGCCCCGGAACCCCGACGGAGAACCGGGGCCCGUUCCCUGCGUCACCGCCAUCAAUUCGUUUACUUCGGCCUUCCUCUUCUCCAUUGAGGUCCAGGUGACCAUUGGUUUUGGCGGCAGGAUGGUGACAGAGGAGUGUCCCGUGGCCAUCAUCAUGCUCAUCAUCCAAAACAUACUUGGCCUGAUCAUCAAUGCUGUCAUGCUGGGCUGCGUUUUCAUGAAGACGGCGCAGGCCAACCGCCGGGCCGAAACGCUCAUCUUCUCCAGAAACGCCGUCAUCGCCCCACGAAAUGGUCGGCCCACGCUCAUGUUCCGGGUGGGUGACUUGAGGAAAAGCAUGAUCAUCUCGGCCACCGUCCAGCUGCAGGUCAUCCGGCGGACGGUGACGGCGGAGGGUGAGGUGAUCCCAGUGAGCCAACUGGACAUCCAAGUGGAGAACCCACUGAGGAGCAACGGUGUCUUCCUGGUGUCACCGCUCAUCAUCAGCCACACAUUGGAGAGAGGAAGCCCGCUCUACGAGCUGUCGGCGCAGUCGCUGACCUCCGCUGACAUCGAGAUCAUCGUUAUCCUGGAAGGUGUAGUGGAAACGACGGGCAUCAGCAUGCAGGCUCGGACCUCAUACAUCCCUGAGGAGAUCUUGUGGGGGAGACGCUUUGUGUCCAUCGUGAGCGAGGAGGACGGCCGCUACUGCGUCGACUACUCCAAGUUCGGCAACACGGUCCCCAUCCGGAUGUCGUCCCUGAGCGCCAAAGAGCUGGACCAGACGCGGGGGAUCCAGGAGGGCACGCCCGACGUGCAGCUGCAGGGCUGGGGGCUGGUCCGAGCCGGGAGGGGCGGCUUCCGCCGGGGGGGCCGCGCCUGCGAUGGUGCUGCCUCCCAGCCCUGGUACACUCCAUCGGAGAAGGAAGUGGAGCAAGUAGGGCAGAAGAAGACGGUGCAGCUGGAAGUGAUAGGACGCCAGACGGAGGAAUGAUGAGCAAUAAAGUUUGACACUCAGGCCACACCCCUUUGUGCUGACAAGACGAGAAAAGACAACAACAACAUGAGCUUUCUUAGUUUAUUUGCAGUCAUGUGACAUUUUCACAGCCAGCACACAAGGACACAGAGAAGUGAGCCAAUCAGGAGUGUGACGGGUGUUGCCACGGUGACUGCCUUGCUGGAGUUGCAUAGGUUGCUGCUGCAGCAGCGGUACGUGAACGCCGACAUGGCGGGGAACAUCUGGGAGAGGCGUGAAUUGUCACAGUCUGUGUACCUGAUGCAUUGACGGAUGGUCUUCCCUCCUGGAUGUGCACACACACACACACACACACACACACACACAGAGUGAUGAGUCCAGAAGAGUCAGAGUAGCAAAGGACACAUGACCUUCUACCUCUCUCGCUCAGAGACAAGCAGGCAUCCUCGUAUGUGCACUCCUGCACAUUGUGACAGCGGCCCGUGUAGUCAGCGCACUUGUAACAGCGAAGAGCGUCCCCUAGAGAGACACAUUUGUGCUUAAAAAACAUGUUCAAAUGCUACUAAACAUGCUGAAAUGAUGACUCACCUUCACGUAUCAUCAUCACGGUGGCCGCGCACAGCAGCAGGAAGAGAGAGCAGAAAGAGCUGCAACGUGACAUGUCGUCGUCUUCUUCCAGCUGGACUGAACUGGGGAACAGGCUGGCAGCGCAAUGAGGAGCGCACACACUGAAGACUGCUUUGUGGUCCACGCACAAAAGACACACAAAGACUCACUAUGUGGUGUCAUCGCUAUGACCUUUGCUCCCACCCAGGCCUUGGCUACCACGUCAAUGAUGCCACUGUCUGUGUCUGUUUGGAACGGUUCAUAAACACACUCGAGGACAGGAAAAUGACAAAAGUAUUUUUUAACUUUUCCACAUCAUCCAUUAUAUAGUUCUGUUUGCAAAUUCGUGUUAGCCAGCAUGCCAGAGACACAACGUAGCAAACUGCAGAACACAACUUUAGUCACUUUGUGAACACUUGUGGUGUUGUGUGUACCAGGCAGUGACUGGGCACCAGCAAACAGAGUCAUUUAUUUUGUCAUCCAGCAAUGUUAAUAUACAAACUAUUCAGGUCAAUUUACAUAAAGCAAUCUGUGAGUUUUAUUGUUGGAUAUGUAUGUAUUAUAUUCCCUGUAUUGGCCACACAAAAAAUGUGAAAAUAUGAAUAAAAUGCAAAAGUUUAUCUAUCCUGUACAUGUCAGAGGCGGAGCCUAUCCGUGCAGUCAUUGGCUGAGAGGCGGGCUCAUCAGCUGUACUAAUACGUCUGGAUCACUGAACUCUAUAACUGGAAGGGCCCCGAUCGCUUGCUGCGCAUUGGAGGCUUGAAGCCACCGGAAGUAUAGAAGUCGCCAUGUUGUUUCACCCAAAACAAGAAAACCUCAGAACUAAGAGGAGUUCGAGAUGCCGUCUUGUGCUGCUAUUAAUUGCACAAAUCGUGAUACUCGUGAAAAUCAAGAGAAGGGGCUUACAUUUCACAGAUUUCCACAUUGUACUGCUCAACUUCCAAAGCAAUGGGUAGUAAAUUUGCGGAGAGACAGGUGGAUUCCUGCAGCCAGAUCGCAACACUGUUCAAGUCAUUUCACUGAGGAGAACUUCGACAGGACCGACCAGACUUUUAGAUUGCGACAAAAUGCAGUUCCAACAAUAUUUGACUUUUCUAAUCAUCUUCUAAAGGUAUGCGUUGCAUUUAACUUUGAUACUACGUAGAUGCUUAUCAUAGCAAAUACCUUGUGAACACUGAAAUUGAGUUGUUAUGCGU